UCUUUGCGCGUCAAUUGCGGUUGCGGUUUGACAGGCAAUCAAAACUUCUUGUCCAAAAAGAACGGACAAUCGGCAUAAAACCCGAACAUUCUACCUAAAUAGACGCAGUUAAAACGCUACUUUAGAAUAAGAGAUACUUGAAUGAGAAUUUUUUCUAUGCAAAAACCAUCUAGCCUUUGAAAACUUAUAAAAGAUGAUUUUGUUUCCGCUACAGCUAGUGUUUAUCGUAGGCUUGCCAUGGGCCGCAAGCGUACGUUUCCCAACCCUUCGCAAGGUUUCUUGCCCUUCAGAUGAUGGGAGAAUAAACGACUGCAUCGUUAUCACGUCUUGUCCGUUUGCCUUGACCUCCAUUGCAAGGGGAAAGUACCCAAAAGUCUGUGGGUGGGUGACGGAAGUUCCGUUGGUCUGCUGUCCUAGAGAUACUUCGACGGAAGCUCCACCACACCUCGACGAUGAAAAGAAAGUCAACAGACUUAGUCCUAAAGGGUGUGGAAUUCGAAUCCUUCCUCGUUUGGACGAAGAUGAAACUGUGGCAUAUCCUCCUUUAAAUACAAAUGAUACUCUGCCAACAGGAAUUGAACCGAGGACUUUGGAAAAACUCGUUCAGAAUUCAACUUUAGCGUUUGAGAUCGAUCCCUUGCCACGCCAAUCAGGUGUUGCCCAUCCCCCGGUCCUUUUUGCUGUUGGAGGUGCGUCAGCUACAGUGAAAUGGCCUUGGAUGGUGGCAAUUUUUAAUGGAAAUACUAAGAAACAGCUGUGUGGAGGAACUCUUAUCGAUGAAAAGCAUGUCAUAACAGCAGCGCACUGCUUUGUCAGUCGAAGGACCGAUCCGCAUCUAUAUAAAGUUCAAGUGGGUGAACUUAUUUUGAGCGAACAGAAUGUUAACUAUGAAGUCCAAGACAUCAAGAUUCACGAAGGUUAUAGACCUCGUUACUAUUACGAUGAUAUCGCGAUACUUCGUCUUGCAGAACCUUUGACAGAUACUCCAGCUUGCCUGCCAGCGGAAAAGUUGGUUCAUGAACGGAACAAUGUCACAGUUCUAGGCUGGGGAGAUCUUUCAUUUGGAGGCCCGACUGCCAGCGUAUUACAGGAGGUUCAAGGAAUACCAGUGGUGGGAAAUGCUAAGUGCGAUUCCAAGUUCCGGAAAAUACCGAAUGCUCCAUUUCCCAGAGGCAUUACGGAAGGCUUCAUAUGUGCUGGUUUGGAAGAGGGUGGAAAAGAUGCUUGUCAGGGUGAUUCUGGAGGUCCUCUUCUGCAACAGCAUUCAGAUGGUACGUGGACACUAGUGGGAGUCGUUUCGUUUGGCUACAGAUGCGCAGAGGCUGGUUUUCCAGGUGUUUAUACGAGAAUCUCCGCGUACAUCCCUUGGAUCGAGAAGUACAUAGGCAGUCAGAAUGAAGUGCGUGUAGCAGAUAUGAAGAAAGAACGUUCUGAGAACUUUGAAUAUAUUGAUGGCAAGCCUUUAUGGAAGUCGCCCAUAGAAAGGGUACUUUUUCCUGGCUCAUGAACAAGACUCAUAUGAAACAACGUUCAUUUUACAUGAAGUCAAGUUAAUUCAAGGCCAAGCGUUUAUAAAAACAAUAGCAAGUGAAAUGUAUCUGAUUUAUUUGGGAACAGAGUAUGCUUCCGAUUAUCCGGACUAAUGCAUGGGAAGCAGCUUAUGGUUAAUUGAAAAACACGGAUAACUCAAACUAUCAAUUUUCAUGCAAAUAUUUUUCGACUUUCGUUGCCCGUACUUUGAAGGGGUAUUUCAUCAUUGCCUUCGAAUCCGGUUUGGACGACGAAGUCCAGUUGCGUUUCAACAGGUUAAUUAUUGAUGUCUCGGGAUAAAUGGAAUUGUUAUCUUAUGUUAUCUUAUGAAAUUAUUUUUUGUUAGUAUCUUCUUCACUUGUAUUUUCAGUAUAACUCUUUGCGUCCUUUGUUCUUGUGACAUUUGAAACGUUAAGUACUUGUAAUGUGUUCUUUAUAGACUUUUUAAGUUCUAAAAUUUUAAAAAGAAUGAGAAGAAAAUAUUCUCGAAUAUACGUAAGGAAGAAAAAAAGAAAAGAGAUGAACAAACAAAAAUUAUGCCUCCGACUAAACGCAUGCAGAACGAAUCUUACGAAAUAAUCGUUGAAACUAACUGUAAAUACGCAAUUCAGCGAUUUUUAAAGCAUGCUUGGACUAAGCGCGCGUCUCGUUUUUAUACUCGCGUUGAGUGCGAAUAGCAUUGUGAGUGCGUGGACACUAUCACGCAAGGAUAAUCGAGAGUACAUUGUACUUUCAUUUAUGUUAUUGCAUUGGAUACAAUGAUGCAUUUAUUUAUUUGUACAUAAUUUUUCUGGUGUGAAAUAUAAAUAAUUAAAUAAAUGGGUGUAUAAAAAAAUAAGUGUGUAA